AUGUGUAGAGAGGGGUUUCGUCCUGGUCAUACGACUUUGGUUAGUUUGGUACCGUCUUGUGGCAGGCAUGAGUUAGCUUUUCAGGGGAAAUCUGUUCAUGGGUUUGGAAUUAAGGCUGGCCUUGAUUCAGAUUCGGAAGUUAAGAAUGCUCUUACUUCGAUGUAUGGUAGAUGUGCAGAUUUGGAAGCGGCAGAAGUCUUGUUUGAAGAGAUUGGUGACAAAAGUGUGGUUUCUUGGAAUACUAUGAUAGGUGCUUAUGGCCAAAAUGGUUGCUUUGAUGAGGCAAUGCUUGUGUUUAAACGUAUGCGAGAGGAAAAUGUGCAAGCCAAUCAGGUGACCAUGGUAAGCCUUCUGUCAGCAAAUGCCGAUCCAGAGUCAUGGAGAGAGAGGGGAAUCGACGACGGAGGUGUAGAAGUGGAGGAAAUCGACGAUGAAGGUGGAGAAGGGGACUGUGGUGAUUGA